AUGGCUACUCUUGAUUUUGCCCUCGUGAACAACACGGGGUCGGACACCGUCUACGCUUAUAUCACUGGCCAGGCCAUUGACAACAACAAUGCGGUGUUCCUGUUGCAAGCGGAUGGCAAGACAGCUUAUUAUCCGACUUCCCCGUCAGCAACAGGGUCAGCAUUGGCACAAGACUGUGCUAUUCCCCUUGGGGCAUCUGGAAGCACAAAGACUGUUACUAUUCCACAUAUAGCUGGUGGCCGACUAUGGUUCUCUCGGGAUGCCAAACUGACCUUCCUGCUGAACCCUGGCCCAGCUCUCGUGGAGCCUUCCUCAUCCAAUCCAUCGGAUCCUAACUAUAAUAUCUUUUGGGAUUUCGCCGAGUUCACAUGGAACAGCUCACAGCUCUUCGUCAACAUUAGCAUGGUUGACUUCUUCAGUCUUCCCAUUGCCCUGGCACUGGAGAAUACCUCCGGUAGCACAAAUACCGUCAAGGGUCUUCCCGCCGACGGACUCGAGACUGCCUGCAAUGGUCUCACAGCGCAAGACGCCAAGGACAACGCUGGCUGGAGCAAAUUGAUUGUCAAGCAGGGCGGUGCUAACCUCCGCGCUGUAUCUCCCAACACCGGCGCAGCUCUGACGAGUGGCUUGCUUGCCAAUUACUUUGACGGCUACGUCAGGCAAGUGUGGUCGAAGUAUGGUUCUGAUACCCUGACAGUCGACACCCAGGCAGCCGCGGGGAAGCUCACGGCCAAGGUGCAAGGCAACAAUCUCACCUUUUCGAGCGGUGGCAUCACCUAUGCUCCACCCUCGAGUGCCGACAUCUUCGCCAAUAGCUCUGGCGUGUUUGCCGUGAGUAGCGACGACACGAAGAACCAAGUGUCUGCUCGUCUGGCGGCCGCUUUUAAUCGAAGCACUCUGCUGACGAAUGCCAACCAACCGGAUGGUGAGGUCCCGUCGAACUAUUAUACCAACCCUGUGACGAACCAUUACGCUCGUAUUUGCCAUGCCACAGCUCUUGAUGGCCGCGGAUACGCGUUCCCCUAUGAUGACGUGGGCCCUUCGAAUGGUGCAGACCAGUCUGGUAGUGUCUACGAUCCCAACCCAAAGCUUUUGACGGUGACUGUGGGCGGGCUUACUAGCAAUUCGACCAAGAAGGACGCCAAGCAAGGCGAUACUCCUCGGUCGGGUGGCGAUAACGGUGGUCCUUCUGCUGCUCCUACCCAGCCUUCCCAGGGUGGGAACCGGAAUCCAGACACUCAGAAGCAGUCUCGGAGCCAGACCUUGACUACCAUCCUGCACAAGCUGCUCUGCCACAAGAGCUCCUGA